AGGCAGCCGUCUGCUCUGGGCAGAGGGAACAAACCGAGCUGCCCAGGCGAGGCCCCGGGUGUGCAGGGCCGGCAGCUGCCUGUGUAGUGCAAGGGAGCGCGGAGCGGCCUGGCCCUGCUGCAUGGCCGCCUCCCAGGCCUGCGGCUGCCGCUCUGUGAGCCCUGCCGGCGGAGGGCAGGAGGGUCAGGGUGCGUGCGGAACCUGGAGGGUAAUAAAACGUGUGGCAGGUCCCACGCCAGGAAGGCACAAGCAGGGUCACUGUGGAGACCGCGUUCUGCAGCGGCGAGGCACAGAGCUGCAGGGCACCCGGGAAGCUGUCAUUGUCCUGCUCUGUGGUUCCCUGGAUGGGGAAUGGAGAAGGCAUCAUUUUCUUUAGUAUUUAAAACCAGUAAUUCACGUAAAAAUUGUGGGUACAUCUGUAGUGUAUGUUAGGGGCCAUGUGGCUGCUUGGUGUGUUAGUAGGUCUUCACUGCCAAGCUACACACUUGGUAGCCUCUGGGUGAGUCAGGGUUUGUAGGCAAUUAUUGUAACUUUAUUAUCCGUGUUUUGUACCCCAGAAUGAUCUGGAAGACAGAGAGUAGAUUGCUCUUAAAAUACUACAUUUCAGUUUAUGUUGUAUGUACACAUGCCAGGGAGCAGAAACUUGUGUUUUCUCCGUCUCUUCACGGUGUUUCUUAGCAAAUGAACCAAAUAGUGCAAUUGAACAAGGUGAAGCUCAGUGAAGAAGACACAUAUUUCUUUAUGAAGGUUUUCUAAGGUCAUCUGUGUAUUUUUGAGAAGAAGUCAUGUGUGAUCAGAGGUUAACCCUCCUAGCAGAGUUCCAUGUGCUGAGUUACAAUGCUAAGGAAAACAAAAUCAGGAAGCUGCUGGGCUCCCCUCUGGAUGCGGGUGCUGCCCACGAAGACACGAGGGGCUGUGGGAAGGGGUUCACCGACGCCACGAGCCAGCGACACGCAGUUGCCGUCGGGAGGUGCCACGGCCGGGGAGGUGCCAGGUCCGAGGAGAGAGGCAGAGCUGGGGCUGCGCUUGGCCCGGGGCAGCCCGGCACCGGCUCCCACCUUCCGGGAAACCGAAACAGAAACCUCGACCGGAGCCGCCCCGGUCCCCCGCCCCCGGCGAGGGGCGGGCGGCGCCACCUGCGCCCUUCCCCGCCUCCGGGAGUUUCCCGCAGCUCCCGGCCGGGCGGCCCCGGCGCUGGUUGCGUGCGUACGGACGGACGGACGCGCUGCACGGCCUCUCCUGGCGCCCUGCGGACUGCUACAGAACGGUGUGAAAUUGUCAUCAGUGGUAAAUACGGGUUCAAGAAACAUGACGUCUUUAGGGAUUAUACUGAGACGUUUUUGAUGGUUUUGUGUGAUGCAACUAGGAUAAAUACAAGGAGUGGUUUUGCAAAGUGGACAGUAAUGGAGUAUAUGAGCACGGGUAGUGAUAGCAAAGAGGAGAUUGACUUGUUGCUAACUAAUUUAAAUAUGUCGGAGGUGAUAGACAUAAUGGAAAACCUUUAUCCAGGUGGAGACCUUGAAGUCUAUGAAGACAGCUUAAUUACAAUGUGUGAAGAGGCAAAUCAAAAUGAAGAACGUGCGGAAUCUUUACUGUUUUGUGAAAGGGAGGUUUCUUUUAUGUCCUCUGUCAAAUAUGGGACUGUCGAAGACCUUCUUGCUUUUGCAAAUCAGGUGUCUAACACUGCAAAACCAUUUAAAGGAUGCAGACAGCAAGAAUCUGGAAUCCUCUUGAAUAUGAUCACACCCAAGAAUGGGCGCUAUCAAAUCGACUCAGAUGUGCUCCUGUUUCCAUGGAAGCUGACUUACAGGAACAUUGGCUCUGAUUUUAUUCCUCGUGGAGCUUUUGGGAAGGUGUACCUAGCCCAAGAUAGAGAAACCAAGAAACGAAUGGCAUGCAAACUGGUCCCAGUGGAGCAGUUCAAACCAUCGGAUGUUGAAAUACAGGCAUGUUUCCGUCACGAAAACAUUGCUGAAUUAUACGGUGCUAUUCUGUGGGAUGAAACAAUCCAUCUCUUUAUGGAAGCUGGAGAGGGAGGAUCUGUCAUGGAAAAGCUGGAGAGUUGUGGUCCAAUGAGAGAAUUUGAAAUAAUUUGGGUGACAAAGCAUAUUCUGAAAGGACUUGACUUUCUCCACUCCAAGAGGAUUAUCCACCACGACAUCAAACCAAGCAACAUUGUCUUUAUGUCAACUAAGGCUGUUCUGGUGGAUUUUGGCCUAAGUGUUCAAAUGACUGAAGACAUUUACUAUCCCAAAGACCUUAGAGGAACCGAGAUUUACAUGAGCCCUGAAGUUAUCCUCUGCAGAGGCCACACAACAAAAGCAGACAUCUACAGCAUGGGAGCUACUAUUAUUCAUAUGCAAACUGGCAUCCCACCCUGGGUGAACAGAUAUCCUCGUUCUGCAUAUCCGUCCUACCUCUAUAUUAUACAUAAGCAAGCUCCUCCCUUAGAGGACAUUGCUGAAGACUGCAGCACUUCCAUGAGAGAAUUGCUAGAAGCAGCUCUAGAAAGGAAUCCUAAUCAUAGGCUGUCUGCAGCAGACUUACUGAAACAUGAAGCCUUACACCCACCCCCAGAGGAGCAGCCACGGUGCCAGAGUUUGGACUCUGCAUUGUUUGAAAGGAAAAGACUCCUCGCAAGGAAGGAGCUGCAGUUGCCAGAAAACAUUACAGAUUCCUCAUUGUGUACUGGGAGCAUGGAAGAGUCAGACCUGCUGAAGAGGCAAAGAUCGCUCUACAUAGACUUUGGAGCUCUAGCUGGUUACUUCAAUAUAGUUAGGGGACCACCAGCCUUAGAAUAUGACUGACUCAGUAACAUUGUGUUUCAGCAGGCCAGAAAUGGACCUCUACCUCUUAAAACUUGAUUUUUAAGACGAUUUUCAAAUUUGUACAUAAAAAUAUUGCCAUUGUAGGCUGUAAAAUGUGAAUAGUGUUUCACUGUACAGAUGAUUAAGCUAAACCCUUAGGGGCUCUGAUAAGCUGAUCCCAAGCAACGAUAUUCGUGUGCCUGCUGGUUGACCAAAAAGAAGAUGGCAAAAAGAACACUGCUGGGAACAUCUUAAUCCAGGAUAUCUUCCUGUGCUGGGUCUUGCACUUUUAUAAGACUUGUAAUAUAUGCUUGCAAAUACUGCCAUAAAAAAAAAAAAAAAGAAGUUGAGUAUGUGGGCUGUAGGAGUUAAGUCUCUCUGAGCUGUCCUUAAAAAACCCUUCCAAAAAAAAAAGUCUUUGAUUUAACUAAAGACUGGUUCAGUCUUGUUCUGUCUUUGAGACCUGGCGAGACUGUGGUCGUUCUUAACAGAAAUCAGGGCCUCCCUUAAGCUGAGCUAAUUUCUGUCAGCUAUCUCUGGAGCAUCCCUUGGUUACAGAUGUGUUUUAACUUUGCAUCUUCCCUGGGCUGUCAGAGCUAAGCAGGGUGCUGUUACCCCUCUCGGUGGGCGUAGGGACUCCCUUACUAGCCGUAUUGGUGACCUUUGGGAACAGCUCAGCAAGCCUGCCCUGACAAAGCACAGCAGUGACUGCUACCUAUGUUGCAGCUACUGCAAGGGUAUCUUGGGUGGUUUUCAAGGGCAGAACAAAUGUUAUUCCCUGUUGGUUACAGUGGGCAGGCUCCAGACUCUUGCUUUUUAAUACUUUAAAAUUGUACACGUGUAUAAUUGCUGUGAGUGCUAUGGUUUGGAAAGCGUGUCAUUAAUGACAAGCUGUGUUUAUGUUCCUAUGGAAAUGGAAUUCUGUUGUUCUUGCUGUGCCUCAUACAUUUGAAACAUGAUGUUUUGGAUGAUAGUAAAACUAUGUAAACUGCAUAGUUCUGUACAUCCCAUCGGAUGAGAACGUAAACUUUUAUAAAACUCUCUUUGAUGCUUAGGAUGACCCUUCAUAAGCAUUUGUGUUAAAAUGGCAUACUAUGUAUGUUGUACACUGAAUCUUUUCUGAAGCACAGUCUCUUUUUCAUAUGUCUAAUAUUGAAUGCUGUUCCUAACACGUGACCUUAAAAAGAUGAUUUCUAGUUUGAUACUGAUAUGGUCAAUUGAAUAAAUCCAGCUCAGUGCCUUGA